ACAAAUCCUAGCUCAAAUUAUUUGUUUGUCAAAACUUACCCUAACACCCCCCACUCCACUGAAAUCUUUGGCCGCGGCACCAAGUGAGCACCGCCUCUAACUAUCAAAUUUAUUUGUUUUUCAAUUCAUUUCUCAAAAUGAACAAGCACGGUAGCAGAAUCCCAAAUUCCAAUAAUGAAACCCACUACGAGGAGAAUGAAACCGAAGACUCACUUUCUUCUUCUUCCUCAUCAGAAGAUGAGGAAGAAGAAGAGAUAGAGAAAGAGCUAGCUGAUGUAACAUUUGAGGAACUGCAGAAAGCACGAUCGAAUGGGGCGCAUGCAUUUUUCAAGAAACCUGCAGAAGAUAAGAAGUUGAAAAGGGCUAAUAAGAAUAGGCCAAUGGAAGCUAGUAGCAAGAAGCCGGUUCCUGCUUUUAGAGAUGUCAUUCAAGCUCCUAAGAAGGUUGUACGUGAUCCACGAUUUGAGUCUCUUUGCGGUACAUUUGACAAUGAUGGGUUUAGAAAGAGAUAUAAUUUUUUAUAUGAAAAUGAUCUUCCUGCUGAAAGACAGGCUCUUAAAAGGCAAUUGAGAAAAUAUAAAGAUCCAGAGCGUAGAAGUGAAAUAGAAGAGCGCAUAGCAUGGGUUGAUAAACAGUUGAAAUCUGAUUCAACAAAGAAUAUUGAGACACAGAUUUUGGCUAAGCACAAGAAGAAAGAGAGAGAAGCAGCAAAGCAGGGAAAACGUCCCUUUUAUCUCAAGAAAUCCGAAAUCCGGAAGCAAAGGCUUGUUGAUAAAUAUAACCAUCUCAAGUCGUCUGGAAAUCUUGAAUCAUAUAUUGAGAAAAAGAGGAAGAGAAAUGCUGCAAAGGACCAUAGAUUCAUGCCAUAUCGUAGAUCUGGUGAAAACGUGGAGUAAGGCUGUUGUUAACCUUGUAAUGGAAUAUAGUACCCAGAAAUAUUGUCAUAUACCAUAUUUGGGGUUUGAUGAUGAUGCCUUGUUGAACAUUCCCCAAAUCAUGGCUUUUAUGGUAUGUGUGUAGCGUUAUAUACUCUGCAAGAUUUACCAACAACCACUUUUUUUGGGGCUAUGUUAGGAGAUUUUUAUGGGACUAAGGUUACCUCAGGCUACAAAGCAAUCUGCUGAUUCUUUGUAUUCUGUGGCGAAGUUCUUUGCAAUUAUCAUAGGUCCCUUGUUUUUGCGAUUCUAACAUUACGGAUAUGUUUUAAUUUCAUAAAGGAGUAUUUUUAGAAUUAUGAAUUAUCAUAGGUUUUUGUCGUUCACAUAUUAGGAAUUUUGAUGAUGGAGAUUAUCUUUAUGUAAUUUAUGACAUGUUAAAUA